AUGAAGGCCUUCACUCUGCUGUCCGCCGUCCUCUCGGCCGCCCUCGUCUCGGCCCAGGCCGUGCACGUCGGCACCAUUGACAACACCACCGUCCUGCCCGAGGACCUGAACGGCUCCAACUUCACCUACCCGUGGCCCGUCCAGCUGUACAGGUUCUCCUCGCAGCGCCAGGACCUCGAGAUGGCCUUUAUGGACGUCGCGCCCAAGUGCAAGCCCAACGGCAAGACCGCCGUCCUGCUCCACGGCAAGAACUUCUGCGGCCCGACCUGGGAGCAGACCGCGCGCGUCCUCGCCGCCAACGGGUACCGCGUCAUCCUGCCGGACCACGUCGGCUUCUGCAAGUCCUCCAAGCCCCAGGCCUACCAGUUCUCCCUGCAGCAGUUCGGCUUCAACAUCAACGGCCUCCUGCAGGCCCUCGGCAUCAAGUCCGCCACCGUCAUCGGCCACUCCCUCGGCGGCAUGACCGCCGCCCGCUACGCCCUGAUGUUCCCCGACCAGGUCGACGAGCUGGUCAUGGUGGACCCCAUCGGCCUCGAGGACUGGAAGGCCAAGGGCGUCCCCUACAUUGACAUUGACGACACCUUCAAGACCGAGAGCGCCAGCACGUACGCGUCCAUCCGCGGCUACGAGCAGGCGACGUACUACGUCGGCCAGUGGAAGGACAGCUACGACACGUGGGUCAACAUGCUCGUCAACAUCUACAAGGGGAGCCAGGGCGCAGCGUACGCCUACGAUCAGGCUCUCGUCGUCGACAUGGUCCUCACCCAGCCCGUCAUCUACGAGUUCGGCCUCAUCAGGCCUCGCGCCCUCCUCAUCACCGGCGACAAGGACAACACCGCCAUCGGCGCCCAGUGGUCCCCGCCCGACGUCAGGGCCAAGCUCGGCCACUACGACGUCCUGGGCCCCGAGGCCGCCGCCCAGCUCAAGAACGGCACCGGCAUCCACUACCCUAAUCUCGGCCACGCCCCCCAGCUCUCCGACCCCGAGCUUUUCCACAAGGAUCUGCUGGGCUGGCUGAGCAAAUAA